AUGGUCCCUUUCAGUCAUGCUCUCCCUCUUCUCUCUUCUCUUGCCGUACUCGUCACAGGUCCGCCGUUGACUAACACAACGAAGGCUCGAGAGUACAUCGGUAAGUAUGAGCUGAUCGUCACUCCUAACAUGGCCACCACGGGUCUGCGCACUUUCACGUCCUCGCUUUAUGACGUUGCAUCUACCGCUACGGCCAAGCAAUACCCUAACGCUAACAUAACCCAGGACUUCUGGCCGAUCGUAAGUCUCACUAAUGGGAGCUACGUCAAACCGCUCAGCUUAUCCGUUCCCGGUGUCGAUGCCGAGCAUGCCUGUGACGUCAUGUAG